AUGAACGAAUUAAUUGAGCCUCAAAACACUAAGCGCAAGCGGCUGUCGUAUGCCUGCAAUUACUGUCGCUCGAAAAAAACACGCUGUGAUGAAAAGCAACCUUGCCACGCAUGUGAAUUAGCUGGGAUAGAGUGCAUCACCACCGAUAAACGCCGCGAUGGGGCACCUGUCGCCCAGCGACGACGCACUGGUGCUCCCGUUUCAACGACUACGCAAAUAACGCCCAUUUCCCCCGAUUGCAACUCUUUAUCUGUUACUUCUGCAGAGGAUCGCCCGCGGCUAUGGUCCCAAUGUUGGAGUCGGGAGCGUUGGAUAACAGGCAGAUUGCCCAUGAUACCCCGAUUGGAUGGCAAUAGCAUGCUUGAGUUAUCGACAGAAUGGUUGGACCUUGCAUUUUAUCGGUUGGGAGCAACGAAGAUCACUUCCGUCUCUCCCAUUAUCAAUAAUCAAUUCACAACUCUUCUUCCUCGUUGCGCCCCCGAUCUCCCUUCGUCGGAGAAAACGCGUGACUUGAUUAACUCCUAUUUCGAAACUCUUCAUCGCUUGUUUCCCUUUGUUCACAGGGCUACAGUGGAAGGAAUUUACAACCGCAAUUUGGCACAAUGGCAGGAGUCCGCGCCCAUACUUGAGGAUUCGACGCCCUCUCAUCAGGCACUGCUUUAUCUAAUUAUCACGGCCGGGGUGAUGGUUAUGCCCGCAUCAGAAGGGUCCAGAGCGAGUAUAUCAUCCUACAUUGGAUACUGCAAUUCACUACUUGGACAUCUUGUCGCAACUCGCUCCCCAGAGUCUGUUCAAGCGAUCCUUCUUUUUGCGAUCAUCCUUCGCAGUUGCGAUAGGCUUGUCUGGGCGUGGGAUGUCCUUGCAAUGGGUGUGUCCAUGGCCCAGUCUAUUGAAAUUAAUCACACAUGCCAUAUGGGGUUCGAUGCAGAAAAUCCAAUCGCCGAAAACCAGAAGACCACAGACCAAACAUGGUGGUGCAUGUAUGUUUUCGAAAAGUUUCUUGCGUUUGAGAGUGGUCGACCGUCCAUGAUUUGGGACCGCGGGUUAUCUGGAGCACAGACGAGGCUCAUGAACCCAGAAAAGAGCGGGGAUUCAGAAUUUCGAAGAGCGUCUAUUGGGCUGGCAAACAUUCUCCAUGAAAUCCAGGAACGUUCUGCUAGAGCUUGGCGGCGCGAAGAAUGGCUGCCACAGUCAGUGGACGAGGCAAUUGAGGAGAAACUGCAAACCGGGGGAGAAUUGAUCUUGCUUCUUGAGGACUGGCAAAAUAAUCUUCCAAAUAAAUACAGACCUGGAGGAACACCGAUGUCGGAGUUUCAAAGUGACUCACAGGUCGCAUUUCUUUCCUUUUACUACUACACCGCCAUGAUUCUUUUGAGCCGAAGUACACUGAUCAUCACGAGAGAGGAACUACACGAAGUAGUCAACAGAUUUGCAGCAGGUAAGCCAUGGAAGCAGCAGCUUCUUAAUGGUCCAACUAUGGCCAUCGAAGCUGCUCGGGAUAUGGUGAAGCUUUGGGUCACACUUGUUGACUCGGGCGUACCGAAUUACCUGACAACCUUUGCAUCGCCACUGGCUGCAGUAUACACGAUUGCUGUUCAUAUCAUCUGCGAACGGAAAUCGUUACUAAUUCGCUCUGACUACGAGAUGAUGAAAGCUGCUAUGCAGCUUACCAAACAAGCGUACUACAGACAUGGUACUGCGUGCAAUAUUGAUGAGAUUCUAAACGGCUUGGACCAACACAUCUUGGCAUGUCUGGAAGGAAGAGCACCAGAAUUACGCGAAGAAGCAAGUGCAAGUUCUACGGCUGCAUUCAUGGGCGAAUCAUAUUCGACUAGUCGGGAUCCUUCAAUCCCACCGAUGGGUUUUUCCUGGGGCCCAACAUCCCUUGACUGGGCUGGCUGGGACUGGAACGAUUUGAGUCAUUUAUUUGAUCAUAGCGAGUGA